AUGAAAUGGGUGAUGAGAUUUGGGAAGAAGGGCAAGCUAAACCCGAGGUAUGUCAGACCAUUUGAAGUACUAGAGCGAGUGGGUCCAGUAGCCUACAAGAUUGCACUACCUCCAGAGCUCUUACGGAUCCACGAUGUGUUUCACGUUUCCAUGUUGAAGAGGUUAUCGGGCACUCGUAUUAGCAACGUUAUCGCCGUGAGGCUUAGGUUAUCGCAGGGUAAUUGGGUGCUUAGUGUAACAACACUGACCAUUCUAAUCUCAAAGCCAGCUGCAGCCAACAGUGGCAGGGAGUACGAGAGGGUGAGAGGGUCGCGGAGAGAGGGGAUACUGCAGAGGGUCGCUGCAGAGAGACGACAGCUCCGAAGCGUUCGUCGAAGGGAAAAAAAAUACGUAGAAGGAGUCGUCGGAGGAAGAUUAGAGUUUGGAAGGGAACGUCGACUCGUCGGAGAGAGUCGAGAAGCUUGGAGGAAUCGUUGGAAGCAGCUGUCGAGUCGUCGGAGAGAGAGGAGCUGCUGGAGGAAUCGUCGAAGAGAGAGCAGAGGCUAUCGUCGGGGAGAAGACUCGCUGGAGGCUUCGUCGAGGGAGCAGAACAGAGGAAGCUUCGUGGGAGAGAGUUACUCUAUGGAAGCCCAAUACUGUGUUAAAGUGCAAAUUUAUCUGGUAGUUGGAGUCCAGUUGAUACUCGUUGCUGGAUUCGGCUCUUGCAAGCAUAAUUCUCCAUUUUCGAGUGAGGUAGGUGGGCCAAAUUCAAAUUUUGGUUCCAACGACCCCAAUUUCAGAGCUUUGCCUUAUUUUGAGAAAUAUAUUAUGAAAUCUUAUUUUGAGAAACAUGAUAGCCUGCUUGAUUCAGAUAUCCAAGAUUUCAUGUCCCAUGAACUUCCUCUUGGCUCAUGUGAUGUGCCAGAAAAUCUGAGUCAUCUGCUAGGACUGUCAAUCCUGGAACGCUAUCUGGUUGGUGAAGGUUCUCAUCGUCGGCUAUUUUCAUCUGUCAAAAUAAACGUCCAGCAAGAUUCCAUAUAUGAUCUUCCUGCACACUUUUGCAAGGUCUUAAUCAUUGAAAGGUUGCCCUUGGGAGUGUUUGCAGAUCCAUUUGAGCUACAACAUCUUCUUCAGUGUGGUGUGUUUACGGAUGCAGCUGUUUUUGGGGACACAAAUUUGGAAUUACCUUCAUUUCUUUCUAAUCGAUCUCUUGUUGAGAUUCACUUGGACAUUGGUGCCAAUAUUUUAAAAAGACAGAACAGAUUUAAAUUUGACAUAGAGCUUCCAUUACAUGCACGGUAUCCGCCCCUAGAUGAAAGUGGCUACUCAAGAGUUGAAUUUAGUGCACCCAAUGUGUUAAUGCGCUGCAGCAUAGAAGGAAAGUCGCAUAAUCAGAGCUGUUUACUGAUGUUAAGAGAUGACAGAGUCGAAUCCAGAAGUAGGCCGGUUGUGUGGGAAAUACCCUCUGGAAUCAAUGCACAUGCAGGAAUCACAUCUCUUGUUACUUUUGCUUCAGCCUUGUUAUCAGCUGUUUUAAUUAUCCUGACAUCCAUUCAUUAUUCAGAUGCCAAACUGGGCAGAAACUUGAAAGAGUCUUGAUGAACACUCCCCUCCAUGUCUCCUGGAAUCCGGACAAAAAUAUUGACGAUGACCAGCAUGAUGAUGAAGUGUUUUUGUUUUUUUUUCCCCUUUGUAUUCUUCUAAUUUGUUCUAUUCUUUAUUAGGGCAGGUGAAUAUGAUUUUAACAUCCCUAAAUUUAGAACAUCAAUUGUCAUAACUUUUGGCCUCGUCUCAUUUAAGCAGAAAAUUUAUUUGUUCUUUC